UUCGGUUUCAUAUUCUCUGCAACAGCAAAAUGGCGGAAACUAAGAGCAAAAUCGAGUCUAUUAGGGAAUGGAUCGUAGACCACAAGCUUCGGGCUGUCGGAUGUCUCUGGCUCAGCGGCAUAACAGGAUCGAUUGCUUACAACUGGUCACAACCUAACAUGAAAACCAGCGUCAGAAUCAUUCACGCUAGGUUGCAUGCACAGGCUCUUACACUUGCUGCUUUAGCUGGAGCUGCAGUUGUUGAGUACUAUGACCACCGGUCAGGAAAAAAGGCAGACCACUAUGCCAGGUUCCUGCAAAUUGAACAACCACACAAAGAUUGAUGACCUGACCCACCAUCUGUAGUAUUUGUGACUGGUAACUAGUGAUGGGUUUCAUAGAUUUCAUAAAGGGUGUCUGAGAGUUU